AUGGCCACCAACCUCACUAAUCCCAUCGACCCUGCGAGAGGCGCCUUCGACCUUGCAGCCGGCUCCCAAUACAUCGCCAUCGUCUCCACGACCGCCAUCAUCUGGUCCAUCCUGGUCUUCCUCGUCCGGGCCUUCCUGCGCAUGAAAGUCAAUGGACCCUUUGGCUGGGACGACGGGGCAUGUGCCGCCGCCACCAUCUUCGGCACUUCAUUCUCUACCAUCGCCCUCGUCGAUGUCUCCUACGGCCUGGGCGAAGACAUUGAACACGUGGCCAACUUCCACAGAAACACCUUUUUCCUCCUCCUGUGGUGCCAGAGCAUGCUCUACAUGUUCGCAUCUUGCUUCGCCCAGGUUUCGGUCGCCUUCCUGAUCUGCCGCAUUGCGAAAGUCCGCAUGCAUCUGGUCCUUGCAUACGGCCUCGCCAUCGCGAGCGGCUUGUGCUGUCUGAUUUCGACCUUUCUGGUCGUAUUCGCCUGCAGGUUCCCUACUCCUUGGAUACUCAGCAGCACCACCUGCACCAUCAAUCGCUGGGACAUAUGGCUUGGCAACAGCAUCAUCAGCGGCCUGGUCGAGCUUUUCCUGGUCAAGACGGCGGUGCUCUUGGUGUAG